CUCCGUGUUCCUAUGGUGUAAGUGACAGAGCCUAGCCUGGAGUUCCUCAGCGCUGAUGGUGAAUAGCCACCGUGGCUGUGACGGGCGGAGAAGAAGCCGCAGAAGGCUGGGGAGUGGCAAUUCGGAAUCUGCCCCUUAGAUGAAUUCAAUUUAAGUUUAUCGUCAGGUUCUAACAAACCAAAAAGAGGAGGAAGGGGAAAAAUAGGAAAGAUGGCGGCCGCGGCCUCGCCGGGCUCGUCCACCUCCUCAGACUGGAUUGUAGUGAGAGACGGUUGCCUGCGUUGCGACGAGGAAGGCCUGCGAAGUCUUUCCUACCACCCGGCCCUCAACGCUAUCUUAGCCGUUACCAGCCGGGGAAGCAUUAAAGUGAUAGACGGAACUUCAGGGGCAAUUCUUCAGGCUUCAGCACUGCACGCUAAACCAGGCGGCCGCGUCAGGUGCCAGUACUUCCCUGCAGUCGACAAGGUGCUUUUUGUGGACGACUACGCCGUCGGGUGCAGGAAGGACCUGAAUGGCAUUCUGCUCUUGGACACGGCCCUACAGCCGCCGGUGGCCAAGCCGGAGGACGUGGUUCAGCUGGAGCUGCCGGUGACAGAGGCGCAGCAAAUGCUGUCAGCAUGUCAGGAGAAGAUCGAUGUGUCCAGCACUGAGGGGUAUGAACUCUUCAUCAGCCAGCUCAGAGAAGGUCUGAAGAAUACCUCACAUGAGACUGCGGCCAAUCAUAAAGUAGCUAAGGUAAGCUAA